AUGGAAUUUUCAGCUGAUAAUCCUCAACAUAUAUCUGAACUUAAACAAAUGGGUAUUGAAAUUCAAUUUUUGGUUGAUGGUCAAGUUCAAUUAGCUCAUCUAUCAUCAAAUGCUGAAUCAAUUGAUGAUGCUGAAAAUGGUUUAAUAUUUAUGCAAGAAAUGAUUGAAUUAACGAACAAUACGAAUACAUUCGAAAAUUCUUUAACUUAUCAUUUACCAUUAACUGUCAUACCAUUAGUAAUUCCAUCAUUAGAAAAAGCAGUUAGUUUCAUUGUUUCUAAUGCUCAAUUUGGUAAACAAUUACAUGAUACUAAAGGAAUAUUUGCUCAAUUAUAUAUUGUUGAACCAUAUUCAGCUUGUUCAGAAAUUUUAUUUUCUCAUUAUGUUUAUUCACGUAUUGGUAUUGUUCGUCGUGGUGAUUGUAUGUUUAUUGAAAAAGCUCGUUAUUUAGAAAAUGCUCAAGCUAUUGCUGGAAUUGUUAUUGAUAAUAAUUUAACAUUAAAUUCUUCAAAUGGUGCAAUAUUUUCUAUGUCUGGUGAUGGAUAUACAAAUAUAAAUAUUCCAUUUGUUUUAAUGUUUAAAGAUGAAUCAUAUCAAUUAUUAUAUCUUUUAUCAAAACAACCAAAAUUAAUUGUAUAUAUUGGAGAAGAAUAUCGUUUAUUAGAUAGUUUUUAUCAACAAAUUGAUUAUUUAGAAAGUUUAAUUGAACCAUUUAAUCAAACAACAAAUAAAUGGAUUUAUGGACAAAUGGAAUUAUUUAAAAAAAAUAAACAAUGUUCUAUUUUAUCAAAUAAAUUAAAACAAUUAGAAUUGAUAAUUAAACAACAAGUUGAAUAUGGUAUUCAACAAAAUAAUGAUCAAUCAUUUAAUCUUGAUUUAACUACUUUCGAUUCCAAUGAUGAAUUCAAUAGUAUGGAUCAAUCAUUACAUUUUAAUACAAUUAUUAAUAUAGAAGAAGAAGAAGAAGAACAAACUAAUGAACUUAUUGAAAUUAAGGAAAUAGAUGAAGAAAAAAAGAAUCAUGAAUAA